UUGCCUUGCCAUUUUCAAUCAAAAUUUCAUGUUUCCGUUUGUUCUUUCUUAAACCCUAACACCUGACCAGAGUUACCAAAAUACGGUGACAGAUCUCAGCUUCAACGACUGCAUAAUAUUUAUCACAAUCCAUAGUUCUUCGUAUUUGCAAACUCCCUACUAUCUCUCCACGAGGAGGCUUGCCUAUGUGCUGGAGGAAUGGCCAAUAAUCCUCAAUCCUCUGGAGCACAGUUUCGACCAGUGCUUCCAACACAGCAAGGGCAAUCAUUUAUUCCAGCAGCUUCACAACAGUUUCGGCCUGUUGGACAAGGUAUUUCCUCUUCAAAUGUUGGGAUGCCGACAAUACCAAAUCAUCAGGUGCAGUUUUCACAACCAAUGCAGCAGUUUCCUCCAAGGCCGAAUCAGCCUGUUCAUGCCGUGCCUUCAUCACAAGCUAUACAAGGACCAUAUGUCCAAACUAAUAGGCCUCUGACAGCCGGCUCACCUCAGUCACAGCACCCAGCCCCAACAAUGAAUAAUCAGAUGCCUGGCUUAGGUGUCCCUGGAAUGUCUCUCUCUUCAUCUUACACUUUUGUGCCAUCUUCUUAUGGCCAGCCGCAGAAUAAUGUAAGUGGAUCAUCCCAGUUCCAACCAAUGCCUCAAAUGCAUGCACCUGUAGCUGGUCAAUCGUGGGUGUCCUCUGCAAAUCACAGUGCACCAGUACAACAGACUGGUCAACUACCAUCAGCUUUUUCUUCCACAGAUACAGUAACAUAUGUUACUAGUAUUAAUCAGGCUUCAUCGUGUGAUUGGCAAGAGCAUACAGCGAGUGAUGGGAGAAGAUAUUAUUAUAAUAAGAGGACUAAACAAUCUAGCUGGGAGAAGCCUUUGGAAUUGAUGACACCAAUUGAGAGGGCGGACGCUUCAACUGUUUGGAAGGAAUUCACAACUCAAGAAGGGAAAAAGUAUUAUUACAACAAAGUUACAAAGCAGUCUAAGUGGUCAAUACCAGAGGAACUGAAGCUAGCCAGGGAACAGGCCCAAGCGGCAGCGACCCAGGUAACCCAGUCAGAAUUGGGGGUGAAUUCUAAUGGUUCUGCUGCUGUUGGUGUCUCAUCAGCUGAAACACCUAAUGCAGCUAUUUCAGUCAGCUCAAGUACUUCUUCGACUUUAUCUGCUGUGGCUUCUAGCCCAGUCCCAGUUACUCCUGUUGUUGCUGUGACUAAUCCUCCCCCUGUGAUAGUUUCUGGAUCUUCAAACAUUCCUGUUGCACAGUCUGCUGGAGCAAUUGCCACUGUUGUUCAAACUUCAAUGAUGACUCCAUUAAAUGUUGUUGGCUCAGGAAGUACUAAUGUGCCUCCUGGUUCAGUCAGUGCCAACACAAGUGUAAUUGGUGGUUUUGGAAAUGUCAAUUCCCAAGAUGCUGUAAAUUCUGCAGAUGGAGCUUCUAUGCAGGAUAUUGAGGAAGCGAAAAAAGGAAUGGCGGUUGCUGGAAAAAUCAAUGUGACUCCUGUGGAGGAGAAAACACCUGAUGAUGAACCUUUAGUUUUUGCCAAUAAGCUGGAGGCAAAAAAUGCUUUCAAGGGUCUUCUUGAAUCUGCAAAUGUGCACUCUGAUUGGACUUGGGAACAGGCAAUGAGAGAGAUAAUUAAUGACAAAAGAUAUGGAGCUCUGAAAACACUUGGUGAGCGUAAGCAAGCAUUUAAUGAGUACUUGGGUCAAAGGAAAAAGCUGGAGGCUGAGGAGAGGCGAAUAAGGCAGAAAAAGGCUAAAGAAGAAUUCACAAAGAUGCUUGAAGAGUCCAAGGAACUCACAUCUUCUACAAAAUGGAGCAAGGCUGUAACUAUGUUUGAGAAUGAUGAACGGUUCAAGGCCGUUGAACGAGUUAGAGACCGGGAGGAUCUUUUCGACAACUACAUGGUGGAACUUGAGAGGAAGGAGAAGGAAAAGGCUGCGGAGGAUCAGAGACGGAACAUAGCAGAGUAUCGGAAAUUUCUUGAAUCCUGUGAUUUUAUUAAGGUGAACAGCCAGUGGCGAAAAGUUCAAGACCGCUUAGAAGAUGAUGAGAGAUGCUCACGUCUUGAAAAACUUGAUCGCUUGCUGAUUUUCCAGGAUUACAUUCGUGAUUUGGAGAAGGAAGAAGAGGAACAAAAGAAGAUACAGAAGGAACAAUUGAGGCGGACUGAGCGGAAAAACCGUGAUGCAUAUCGGAAUAUGAUGGAAGAACAUGUUGCUGAAGGCAUUCUUACAGCCAAAACUCACUGGCGUGAUUAUUGUUUAAAGGUUAAAGAUUUUCCCCAAUAUCAUGCUGUUGCAUCAAAUACCUCUGGCUCGACCCCUAAAGAUCUGUUUGAGGAUGUUGUCGAAGAAUUAGAGAAGCAGUAUCAUGAAGACAAAGCUCAUAUAAAAGAUGCAAUGAAGUCAGGGAAGGUUACCAUUGCCACAACAUGGACAUUUGAAGACUUUGAGGCUGCUGUUUCAGAAGGUUUGGGUGCUUCACAGAUAUCAGAUAUCAACUUUAAGCUUGUAUAUGAGGAGUUACUUGACAGAGCAAAGGAGAAGGAAGAAAAAGAGGCUAAAAAGCGCCAGCGACUUGCCGAUGACUUUACUAAACUAUUGUAUACUUACAAGGAAAUAACGUCGUCUUCUAAUUGGGAGGAAUUCAAACAACUUUUUGAAGACAGUGAAGAGUACAAAUCAAUUGGUGAAGAAAGCUUUAGGAGACAGAUCUUUGAGGAAUACAUUUCUCACUUGCUGGAAAAGGCUAAAGAAAAGGAGCGCAGGCGUGAGGAAGAAAAGGCUAAAAAGGAGAAAGAGAGAGAGGAGAAAGAGAAACGAAAGGAGAAAGAGAGAAAAGAGAAGGAUAGAGAACGUGAUAGAGAAAAGGGGAAGGAACGAACAAACAAAGAUGAAACAGAUAGUGAAAACGUAGAUCCAACUGAUGGUCACGGCUACAAAGAGGAGAAGAAAAAGGAAAAAGACAAAGAUAGAAAACAUCGUAAACGCCAUCAAAGUGCUACUGAUGAUGUGAGCUCAGAUAGGGAUGAAAGAGAAGAUUCUAAGAAGUCUCGCAGACAUGGUAGUGACCGUAAAAAAUCUAGAAAGCAUGCAUAUACACCUGAGUCAGACAGUGAAAGCCGGCAUAAAAGACACAAAAGAGACCAUCGGGAUGGUUCCCGUAGAAAUAGUGGUUAUGAGGAGCUUGAAGAUGGGGAGCUUGGUGAGGACAGUGAAAUCUAGUUCGCUGUUUCCCCAUUCACCUAAAACGCUAACUACUAUGCAUCAGCAAGAUAUAUGCAUUUCACAGUGAUAUUUCUGGAUAUAGUUCUCAACCUUUCUUUGAUGCUUUGAAUUCCAUAAUUCCAUCUGACAAUUUAACCAUGUAUAAGUUUUGGUUAUAUUUUUGUCUUAGAGAAAUGCUUCAUUAAUAGGAUGUACAAAAUAUUGCUUUAUUGUUUUUGUGUUAGAAACAUUGUUC